UAAUUAUAAGCCUUUGGUUUUUGUCGUCGAAGUAAUUAAAUAUUCGGCUGAGUUUAUCAAAAUCAUAAAGGAAGUGCUAACGAGUUAGCAAUGACAGCUAACUUCUGGACCAUUUCCUGAUACACCAGCAUCAUGUUCCAUGGCAUAGCAGGCACAGGAGGAGUUGGUGGAGCUCCAGCUAAUAAACCAGAGUUGUACGAGGAAGUGAAACUUUACAAAAAUGCUAGAGAACGAGAAAGGUUUGACAACAUGGCAGAGCUGUUUGCUGUUGUGAAGACUUUGCAGGCUCUGGAGAAGGCCUACAUCAAAGACUGUGUGACCCCUAAUGAGUACACCGCCUCCUGUUCCAGGCUCUUGGUUCAGUAUAAGGCUGCUUUCAAACAGGUGCAGGGCUCUGAUGUCGGCUCCAUCGACGAUUUCUGCAGGAAGUACAGACUUGACUGCCCACUAGCAAUGGAAAGGAUUAAAGAGGAUCGGCCAAUCACCAUCAAGGAUGACAAGGGCAAUUUGAACCGUUGCAUUGCAGAUAUUGUUUCUCUCUUCAUUACUGUGAUGGACAAGCUGAGGCUGGAGAUCAGAGCCAUGGAUGAGAUCCAACCAGACCUGAGGGAGUUGAUGGAAACCAUGAACAGAAUGAGCAACAUGCCUCCUGACUCAGAAGCGAAAGACAAAGUCAAUCUCUGGUUGACCACCCUGAGUGGCAUGUCUGCCUCCGAUGAGCUGGAUGAUAAUCAGGUCCGUCAGAUGCUGUUCGAUCUGGAGUCGGCCUAYAACGCCUUCAACCGCUUCCUCCACUCCUCCUAAAUCUGUUGUCCACCAUAGACCCCUCUGUGUGGAACUCUAACUUGAUAAUAAAACUCUACUUUCUUCUGAUUGUUCUGGCAGGRAGUAGAUUCAUAUCUGGACAGUUUUCCGUCCCACAUCUUAUUCAGUUUGUCUGUACAUAAAGUUCUUUCAUGGAGUCGUGUACAGUUCAAACUCUGCUGCCUUGUAUAAACUCUGUUGUUUCUGGUUCAUCGURCCGACUGCAGCCUUGCUUUGUGGGUUUGUCCAAUAUUAUAAGCUGCUCCUCAAGCCUUUUUUAUACUCAAAUGUGUGAAAAAAAAAUCUUUUUGGCUCUUUAUUCUGCCCUUGUCAGAACAGUUUUCUCUUAACUUUGUACUGUGAGAUCAAAAUGUUCUAAUUUUAUAGCUAAAUUUGGCAGAGCACCAACAAACAAWGCAUUUUAUUUAUUGGCAUGAGGGUUGGAAAAAAUAGAUAAAUGGUUAAAGUCUUUGUGUUUCUCUUUCUCUGAUGUAUCACCUACAACUUYGUUUCAUAUCACAAGUUUUUACUGUAAAAUCUUGUAUUUGUGUUUAUAGCGUGAAAGAAACAAGUUUUGGCUACAAAUYGUCUGUUUUGCUUGUUGUUUGGCAUAGCAGUCAUUUGGGUUGAUCUAGAUUAGACUACACUUCUUGUUGUAGCAUAGAUGCUAAGGUGGAAAGUAUGUUGGGUUUUCAUUUCUUGUUUUCCUCUUCCCAUACUUUAACAUGUCUAAUCCCAGUUUUUGUUAGAYAAGAGGGCUUCAUUGCAUUAUAAGUGGGCAAAAUCGAGAUAUGCAGACUCCUUUUGCUCGCUAAAUAUGUUUCAACCUUCAAGCACCAUUAGGGAAAACRUUCAUUAAAAUGUACUAUUGUAAAUAAUAGUGUUGAUUUUUUAAAAUAAAAGCAUGUAAGCUUUUUAGAAAUAAAAAUAUGCAAGGUU